CGCUCGCCGCAGCCUUGUCACUGCUGUGCUUCCGGCUCCGCGCCACUGGAACUCCUCACGCGCCGCCGAUCUCUGCUGCUUUCCGCCGAGCGCUAGACUGCGAGCCUUGGGGCCAUGGCCACCGCCUCGCCGUCCUGGCUUCGGAUAGCGGUCUCGACGCUGCCAUGGCUUCGUACGAGGGUUCGGUGCUGCUGUCAUGCUCCUGUCCAGUCUGAGAUGAUGAGAUGGGGCCCCCCUUCUUCACGAGAGCCUGCCGCUUUUCUUCAGUAGUUAAUGCGAUUGUCUCCCACCCUGUUCGUCAGUUUUCUCCUUGCCUUGUCUUGCCUGGCCCCCCGACUCUUCCCCGUUUUUUUACCUCCACUAGCAGCAUCAGCUCGAGUCAAACGGCUUUUUGGCGCGUGAGCAUCGUGCGCCAUCAUGCAGCUCUUCACGUACCUCAUUCUUGCCAUUGCCGUCGUGGGCUUCACGGCUGCGUCCAUUCUCAACGCAAUCCGCGCAAAGAAAGACCCCAAUGCGGCCCCGGGCCCGACCCAACUGCCGCUCAUCGGCCGCGUUCAUGACCUCCCCAUUCAGUUCAUGUGGCUCAAGUUCAAGGAGUGGUCUGACAAAUACGGCCCCUUCUACAAGACGGAGAUGCUCGGCGCCAAGUUCUGCGUCAUCUCCGAUGAGAAGAUUGCCGAAGAGCUCUUGGUCAGGCGCGCAAAGACCAACUCGGACCGGCCCAAUAUCCGCAGCUUGUUCGACUCGAAGAGCACGCAUGGAUCUAUGGAAUACCUGCCCCUGAUGGGCAGAAAUCAGUACUGGUCGCGGCAGCGUAAGAUGACGCAUGCCUAUCUCACCGAAGCGACCAAUGCGCACUACCACGGAGUCAUGUACUUUGAGGUGAAGCGCUGGCUGUACCGCUUGAUCCAGGAGCCCGACAACUUUGGCUUCCUGCUCGAGGACAUGGCGUCGAAAGUGAUGUGCCAGCUAACAUGGGACGACCCCUCGCUGAGCGAGUACUGCACGAAGAGCGCGUGGGGCUUGCUGACGCAGAUGUCGCCGGCGGGGCCCAUCACGAACUUGAUCACGCCGCUGUGGCACCUGCCGUUGCCGCUAAAUCCAUGGAAGCGGGCGGAGCGCAAGCGGCACGACGAGCAGCAGGCGUGGUGGAUGGAUCGGCUCCUGGAAGUGCGCGAGAAGAUGAAGAAGGGCGAGGCAAGGCCCUGCUGGACGCGCCAGUACCUCGAGACGGAGAGCCGGUCGAGCUUGUCGGGCGACUACGAGGCCUCCAGCGUCAUCGGCAUGCUGGCGCUCGUGGGCAUCUUCACGGUUGCGGGUCCUUUGUACUACUUCCUGGUCUCGAUGGUGUAUCACCCAGAGUGGAUGGCCAAGAUCCAGCAGGAGGUCGACGAGGUGUGCGAGGGCCGUUUGCCGACGCUCGACGACAUGCCCCGGCUGUCGACCCUGCGCGCUUGCAUCAAGGAGACGAUGCGCUGGAAGCCAAACGUGCCUACUGGCGUCGCGCACGAAGUCGAAGAAGACCAAGUGUACAACGGGUAUUUCAUCCCGAAGGGCUCACGCAUCCUGCCGCUCGACUGGGCGUUCCUGCGCAACCCGAUCAAGUACCCGGACCCGGACAACUUCCGGCCAGAGCGCUGGCUGCAGCCCGGGUGGCCGACGUACCAAGAGCCGCUGACGCAGUACCCGACCAUCAAAGGCAUGACAUCAUUCGGGUGGGGGCAGCGCCAAUGCCUCGGCCAGUCACUCACGCAAGACGAGCUCGUCGUGGCCUGCGGCGCGCUGGCGUGGUGCUUCACGCUCAAGCACAAAGUGGACCCUGCCACGGGCGAGAAGAUCCACAUCCCGCUCGACAAGAGCAAUAGCUUGCUCAUUAUCAAGCCCGAUCCGUUCCAGAUGGCGUUUGAGCCCAGGAGCGAGGAGAGGAGGCAAGAGGCGUUGCGGCUGUGGAAGGAGGCCGAGGAGAAGGAUCGCAAGAGGCGCGCGGACUUUUUGGCCGCGGCGAGGAUGAAGCAGAGGUGGGUUGGUGUAAGCGAGUGAGUAGGUGGGUUUGUACGCCGUGGCGUAAGUGUAGUAGGUGGGUGUAACCGCUGUUGCAGCCGCAUGGAUGGUCGUGUGGGACGUGGGUGGUUAUGAUGUGUCUUGGUAUGUGGUGGUAUGAGGCUGCAGUGCAGUGGACGGAGACGCAUAUGUACGGAGGAAGCAUGGCAUGCUUUCAGGCGGCGGCAGCAGCAGCAGCAAAUGGUUUAGGGUCAUUCGGUCGUUUCCUUUUGAUGCCAUCUUAAUUAAUUUUCUUCAUUCCCCGAUUGGCUUUUGUUUCAUUUCUCUGGAUUGGCGGCG